CGAGCGGUCCGGGAUCCUGCCCAGCGGACAGCCUUUAGUUAAUUGUAAAGCGCAAAAGAGGGGAGACGUUUGGCACAGGCGCUCCUCUGUGCGUCUUUACGCCCGAUGCUUGGAGAAAAGAAGAAUCGGGUUUACCCUGCGUAUACGCCCACAUCCACGAGUCGGCUUUUCUUUCUUCCUUAGGUAGAUGAAAGUUUACUAAGAGGGGGGACAGCAGAGAAGAUGAUAUCUGACCAAGAUGAGUCGGAAAGGUGAACUCGAGUAACCAAAAGUGCGCAAGUCGACCACCUGUUAUAAAUCUGCGAGACAUGGGCAUGCUUAGCGUGGACCUUCUAGUAACUUUGCAGAUCUUGCCAGGUUUCUUCUCCAACUGCUUGUUUUUCGUGCUGUAUGACUCGAUAGUGCUGGUGAAGCGCGUGGUGUCACUCCUGAGCUGCUCGGGCUCGACGGGUGAGUGGCAGCGGAUGUUAACAACGGCCGGUGUGCGCUCCAUAUGGAACAGCUUUCUGCUGGAUGCAUACAAACAGGUGAAGCUAGGGGAGGCCGCUCCAAAUUCCAAGGUGGUGAAGGUUCCUGGCAUAAACAGAUGCUGGAGCAUCAGGGGCAAGACCCGUGACGAGUGCCACCUGCUGGACUUUGAGUCACCCAACCGCCCACUAGUGGUCAACUUCGGCUCGGCCACUUGACCCCCAUUCAUAAGCCAGCUGCCGGUCUUCCGGCGGAUGGUGGAGGAUUUUUCCGACGUGGCAGACUUCCUGCUCGUCUACAUCGAUGAGGCUCACCCCUCCGACGGCUGGGUCGCUCCUCCCAUGGAGCCCUAUUCGUUCGAAGUGAGAAAACACCGUAAUCUGGAGGAGAGGAUGUUGGCAGCCCGUAAACUUCUGGAGGUUUUCUCUCUGCCCCCUCAGUGCCAACUGGUGGCCGACUGCAUGGACAAUAACGCCAACAUAUCCUACGGUGUGUCCUACGAGAGGGUGUGCAUCGUCCAGAAGAACAAAAUCGCUUACCUUGGGGGUAAGGGUCCAUUUUUCUACAACCUUAAAGAUGUGCGGCACUGGCUCGAAAAGAGUUACGGAAAGUGAUGAUUUCUUUGAAAAGAGAAGAAUUUAUUUUUGUAUAACGGAGAGACUAUAAGGUGCUUUCAGAAGGUGGCUCGGGUGGAAAUUCUUUGGCUGGGCUCCAAGUCAUUUUCUUGAAAUGUUUAAAAUGAUCAGCGGGUGUCCUGGGUGGAGCUCAACAUUCCUAACCACUUUUAAAAUGAAAUGGAUAUAGACACUAAAUACUGACAUGUGGUUUGCACUUCGAUUGUUGCCAGCAAAACGAUUUGUAGAUGCACUAUUAAUGACUUUUUGCAAUUAAUGUAGAGUUAAAAUGUGCAAUAUUUUUAUGCGCCAUAUAACGUAUAUUGCUUUAGAAAGUAAACCAAAUUGUUGAACGGAAGAGAAAGCACAAGUACCCAGCUGUUUUAUGAAAGAGAAUAAUUUAUUUUUUAUUGACAUUCAAUGUCUUAUGUUUAAUAUGUGGCCUGGUUGUAACCCUUUUCCUUCCCCUCUCAUAAAAUGACAAUCGUCCAUAUUUCAUUUUACACGUACCAUCAGCUUUUACAUCCCAGUCCAGCACAUUUCACCCAAGAUCAGUCGAUACCGCUUUACCCAGCUUGGAUAAAUCACUAAUGAUAGUCAUUUGGUCCAUAUUGUAUUGUACAUAACAUAACAAACAAAGGACUGUUUAAUCUAUACGUUCUUGUAGCAAUGCAAAAGUCAUGGGUUCGAUGGCAGAAACCCACAAACUGAUGUAUAGAUUGAAUGCACUGUAAGUCAGAUAAAAGCGCCUGCCAAAUGCAUAAAUGUAAUGUAAUGUAACUGCGUGCGUGCAGUGGCACAUUUUCAUAAAUCAAAUAUUCCCCGUAGUCUAGUUUGGACACUUUGCUUAUUCUACGGUGUACAGAAAAAAACAUGUAAAGUUUUAAUGGGUGUUACACCCCUGAAUGUCAUGGACUGUUUGAAAGGAACCGACUCUAACAGAUUUACAGUCAUUCAUUUAGAUCAAUGCGGGGUGGGUGUGUGCAUGAAAAUCACAGACGAAAUGGUCUCCUGUCCUGUCUGUGGUUGGAUGAGAGACCACACCUCUCUGCGCUGAUCCAAAACAGUAUGACUGUUAACAUGCUGAAACAAUCACUCUGAAUCUCCUAAGGCUUUGAGUUUUGUUUCACCGGACUGUUUCCAUGUAGUACAACUGUUUUCAUCCUUUUAAUAAAUAAAAGGAGAGAAAAAAUAAAGUUGAACUGCUGCUCAAA